CUUACGAUAACAAAAUAUCACCGCCAUGUAUGGUUUAUCUCAGUACAAACUCCACUGUCGAGGAUGACUAACGAUUGCAGGAAGCCACGACAUCGAGGUCUUUUUGUUCAUCUGACUACUGAACUUGGACAAAUAUUUCCUGUUGUUAGUAAACCACCAUGCUGUCAUUUUUCCAUGGAUCUGUCCAGAUAUUCCUCAAACUAUUUGUAUUUGUGAUAGUUUGUGAUUUAGUGUUAACACUUCAUGGAUGCCAGAAAUCAGAUAUACAAUCUGGAGUCCUGAACUGUUCGUUUGGUAACAUUACGUCAUAUCCCAAUGACGUCGAAGUUCCGUCUGAUACCACCAUUCUGGAUAUAUCCCACAAUUCUCUGAAGUAUAUAGGAAUACUAAAUACAACUACUCUAAUUCAUUUAAACCUUUCCUAUAACUUAAUACAGAAAAUAGAGCAUAAUGCAUUUUCAAAGUUGACAAAUCUUGUUCACUUAGACUUGUCAUUCAAUCUCUUGAAAGGAUCCAAUAUUCUCAUUCAACGAUAUCGAUUCGAGUUAAGCGAAUUCCAUUCCCUAAAAUGGUUGAGUUUUCGAGGAAACCCGCUGGGAUUCGUAUCAAGAAUGAGCUUUACUCAGUUUGGGUAUCUUCACCUGGAAGAACUGGACUUGUCAUUUUGUGGGAUUACGAAACUGGAGGAAAUGGCUUUGACAAAUCUAGUGAGAUUAAAAAAACUGUAUCUACAGAACAAUAAGUUGAAAACUCUUUCUGAGGAUUCUUUAAGCACUUUGGGUGAACUAGAGGAGCUCCAUCUGGAACACAAUGACAUCAAGAUACUUGGACCUCUUCGGUUUUUCUCGUUACACAUGCUUAAUUUGAAUAAUAACAAGUUGGAGAGUCUGCCAGAUGGCUCAUUUUCACACCUGGCCGAACUCGAAAAUCUGUUCAUAGAAUACAACAAACUAAAAUAUCUAACCCCGAAUACAUUUCCCGGUUCUUUAAAGAUGGUCAGCCUAAAAGGCAAUCCUUGGCGGUGUGACUGUAACAUGAGAUGGAUCCUGGCAAACCCGACAAGUUCACAGUUUUUCCAGAACAAUUCUUUAUUAUGUACCUUUCCAUCUCGGUACGGCGGGAAGAACAUUCUAUCGUUAGAAGUAGACGACCUCGUGUGUAUGACAUCAGCAGUUGGAAUUCUAGCAACCGUUCUGUUAACCUUGACAACAAUGGUUCUUCUGGCCCUUGGAGCAACUGUUGUGUACAAGAGGCACCAAUGCAUUUUUUGUAAAAAGGACUCAAGUGGCCAAUAUGUGGCAGUUUACACUCAAGAUGAUGGGAAUCAAGAUGAACCAAACGUUACAAUAUCAGACAGAAAAGGUCUCGUUAAGGAAGUAGAAAUUUACCAAAAAAUCACGAUGGCGUCAUUUUUCCAUGACUCUGUCCAGAUAUUCCUCAAACUAUUUGUAUUUGUGAUAGUUUGUGAUUUAGUGUUAACACUUCAUGGAUGCCAGAAAUCAGAUAUACAAUCUGGAGUCCUGAACUGUUCGUUUGGUAACAUUACGUCAUAUCCCAAUGACGUCGAAGUUCCGUCUGAUACCACCAUUCUGGAUAUAUCCCACAAUUCUCUGAAGUAUAUAGGAAUACUAAAUACAACUACUCUAAUUCAUUUAAACCUUUCCUAUAACUUAAUACAGAAAAUAGAGCAUAAUGCAUUUUCAAAGUUGACAAAUCUUGUUCACUUAGACUUGUCGUUCAAUCUCUUGAAAGGAUCCAAUAUUCUCAUUCAACGAUAUCGAUUCGAGUUAAGCGAAUUCCAUUCCCUAAAAUGGUUGAGUUUUCGAGGAAACCCGCUGGGAUUCGUAUCAAGAAUGAGCUUUACUCAGUAUGGGUAUCUACACCUGGAAGAACUGGACUUGUCAUUUUGUGGGAUUACGAAACUGGAGGAAAUGGCUUUGACAAAUCUAGUGAAAUUAAAAAAACUGUAUCUACAGAACAAUAAGUUGAAAACUCUUUCUGAGGAUUCUUUAAGCACUUUGGGUGAACUAGAGGAGCUCCAUCUGGAACACAAUGACAUCAAGAUACUUGGACCUCUUCGGUUUUUCUCGUUACACAUGCUUAAUUUGAAUAAUAACAAGUUGGAGAGUCUGCCAGAUGGCUCAUUUUCACACCUGGCCGAACUCGAAAAUCUGUUCAUAGAAUACAACAAACUAAAAUAUCUAACCCCGAAUACAUUUCCCGGUUCUUUAAAGAUGGUCAGCCUAAAAGGCAAUCCUUGGCGGUGUGACUGUAACAUGAGAUGGAUCCUGGCAAACCCGACAAGUUCACAGUUUUUCCAGAACAAUUCUUUAUUAUGUACCUUUCCAUCUCGGUACGGCGGGAAGAACAUUCUAUCGUUAGAAGUAGACGACCUCGUGUGUAUGACAUCAGCAGUUGGAAUUCUAGUAACCGUUCUGUUAACCUUGACAAUAAUGGUUCUCUUGGCGCUUGGGGCAGUUGUUGUUUACAAGAGGCGCCAAUGCAUUUUCUGUAAAAAGGACUCAAGUGGCCAGUGCUGUAUACAGGGUAAUUUUCGCCCCGUGUUAUUUUCGGCUUUCUACACUUGCUGGCGGUUUCGCUGCGAUUCAAAUUCGCCCAGACACAGUUGUGUUAAAAGAGAGAUAAGAGAAAAACUGCUGGGUCCAUUCUUGAAUUCACCCACUGACAACGAGGAUGAAAGGGGCGAAAAUAAAACGGGGGCGAAUACUUCUCUGUAUACAGUACCGGUAUGUGGCAGUUUACACUCAAGAUGAUGGGAAUCAAGAUGAACCAAACGUUACAAUAUCAGACAGAAAAGCUCUCGUUAAGGAAGUUGCUUGAUUAUGUUACCAAAUAAAUUGUUUGUACUUUGUA